AUGGUGACGCAAUGGUUAACACCGGCGCUGGUCGCCCUCGCUGGCAGCAGCUUUUUCGGCGGCGUUGCCGAAGCACAGUACAAAGUUGACACAAAAGACAACAUCCUUCAAUCAUCAAAGCAAUUGGCAUAUGACAUGAUAAAAUUCUACCAUGGCAACGAGUCUGGUCAAACUCCUGGACUCUUGCCUGGGCCUCCGGCGUCGGGCCUCGGUGACUACUACUGGUGGGAGGCUGGCGCAAUGAUGGGAACAUACAUCGAUUACUGGAAACUGACGGGAGAUACAACAUAUAACGACCUGGUUAUGCAAGCCAUGCUGUUCCAAGUUGGACCACAAAAGGAUUAUAUGCCGCCGAACCAAACGCUCUCUCUUGGCAACGAUGACCAAGGUUUCUGGGGAUUGUCCGCCAUGCUGGCGGCCGAGAACAAAUUCCCCGACCCUCCUUCAGACCAGCCCGGAUGGCUCGAAUUAGCACAGGCAGUUUGGAACACACAGGCAGACCCUAGCCGAUACGAUGAGACAUGUAACGGUGGCCUGCGAUGGCAGAUUCCGCGUACAAAUGCAGGAUACGACUACAAGAACACAAUCGCCAAUGGCAUCUUUUUCAACAUGGGCGCCAGACUCGCGCGAUACACCGCAAACGAUACCUACGCACAGCGAGCCGAAAAGGCGUGGGAUUGGAUCUGGGGCGUUGGAUAUAUCGACCACAAGACUUGGGUUGUGUAUGACGGCGCCAGCGUCAAUGACAAUUGCACAACUCUCCACAAGACCGAGUAUUCCUACAAUGCUGCCAUUUUGAUCCAGGGCAGCGCUUUCAUGUACAACUACACCAAGGGCGAUACGAAAUGGAAGAACCGCCUCGACAGCCUCCUCGAUUCCUGCCUCAAGAACUUCUUCCCCAAACAAGUCGCAUACGAACUAUCCUGCGAGUUCGCUCUAGGCGGUAGUGUUUGCAAGACAGACAUGUUGUCAUACAAGGGAUAUCUCCACCGAUGGCUCGCCAUGGUCCCCCAGAUCGCACCAUACACCAGCGACAAGAUUCUCCCCGUUCUGCAAAAGUCGGCUCAGGCAGCAGCAGCACAGUGUACGGGAGGCUCAACGGGACGCCAGUGCGGCUUUUACUGGGCCGAAGGGAAAUUCAUCAACCCGAGCGUGGACAAGACGACUGGCGCAGGAGAAGCCAUGGAUGUCCUUGCCGCUGUGUCAAGUUUACUCAUUGGGGACACGGCGCCGCCAGUUACAAAUUCGACGGGUGGUACUUCCAAGGGCAAUCCGAAUGCCGGUGGAAGAGAUAACGGCGAGCGGCCGCAAAAGCCUGUCACGACGGCGGACAAGGCUGGCGCGGCCAUUAUUACUAUUUUACUGUUGGGCGGAGCGUUGAGCUUAUUUACUUGGAUGAGCUUUUUUGACCCAAUGAUUUCAUGA